GAGUGGUAUAGCCCGCCGCUAGGGUUUUCGACUACAUCAAUUGCCUCUCUGAUCUCUGAAGGAGUUCUUGGCGUCAUUCGGCGGCGCGGCGUUGGAAGUCUCAGGAUCCAUGGGCAACUUCAGGGUAAUCCUAUCUGUUCGGUCCAAAUCCGAAAAAUCGGAGCUCUUCUCUUGUUGGUUGAAUUCCUUUCUACCCACAAUAACUAAAUUUCAUCAGUAUCAGGUGGUGGGUCGAGCUCUCCCGACUGCCACGGAUGAGCACCCGAAGAUUUACCGUAUGAAGUUGUGGGCUACUAAUGAAGUCAGAGCUAAAUCCAAGUUCUGGUACUUCUUGAGGAAGCUGAAGAAAGUGAAGAAAAGUAAUGGCCAAGUUCUUGCAAUUAACGAGAUAUUUGAGAGGAAGCCAACAAAGAUCAAGAACUAUGGUAUCUGGCUGCGGUAUCAGAGCAGAACAGGUUACCACAACAUGUACAAGGAGUACAGGGACACUACACUGAAUGGCUCUGUGGAGCAGAUGUACAAUGAGAUGGCAUCACGCCACCGAGUCAGGUGCCACUGCAUCCAGAUUAUUAAGACGGCAACCAUUCCUUCCAAGCUCUGUAAGCGUGAGAGCACCAAGCAAUUCCAUGAUUCUAAGAUCAAAUUCCCUCUUGUCUUCAAGAAGGUCAGGCCCCCUACCAGAAAGUUGAAGACUACUUACAAGGCCUCCCGACCUAACCUAUUCAAGUAGGGGAGAAUAAGAGAACACAUUUUCCUAAAAUUUUUGCUAUUGGCAUAUUUCCCAUUCUGUUAUACUUUGUUCGUGCAUCGUUGGAUCACUUUUUACUAGUUCAUGAUACUCUUCGAUCUGCAGCAAGUCUGAGAGUUUGCUUGUCUAGGGUACUUUUUCCUGUUUAGAAGCAUAUGUGAUGAUAUCUUAUGAAUUGGAUUCUUUAGCUCAGUUAAAAAUUUAAUGCUUUGUUGUUCUUAUAUUAA